CUCGGGCUCCCGCUCCGCUCCGGGUCCGCCCGGGCUGCAGCGGUCGUGCCGCUGGCCCCGUUCGGCUCGGAUUCCGGCGCGAGCCCCCUCGGCGCCGCCAGCCCCGGCCCCGUCCCGGGUCUCGGCGCCCGCGGACCAUGCGCCGGGCACCCCCCGGGGAAGCCGGCCGGGCCGAGAGCCCGCAGACACCAGGCUCCCGGGCCGGGGCCCCUCCCGGCCGCCCGGCCGGCGGUCCGCGCCCUGCCCCGCGCCCCGGCGCCGCCUGAGCCGGCGGGUCAUGGAGCGCACGCCGCCCGACGGGCCGCUGAACGCGUCGGGGGCGCUGGCGGGCGAGGCGGCGGCUGCGGGCGGGGCGCGCGGCUUCUCCGCCGCCUGGACCGCGGUGCUGGCCGCGCUCAUGGCGCUGCUUAUCGUGGCCACGGUGCUCGGCAACGCGCUGGUCAUGCUCGCCUUCGUGGCCGACUCGAGCCUCCGCACCCAGAACAACUUCUUUCUGCUCAACCUCGCCAUCUCCGACUUCCUCGUGGGGGCCUUCUGCAUCCCACUCUAUGUGCCCUAUGUGCUGACUGGCCGCUGGCCCUUUAGCCGUGGUCUUUGCAAGCUGUGGCUGGUGGUGGACUACCUACUCUGCACCUCGUCCGUCUUCAACAUCGUGCUCAUCAGCUAUGACCGCUUCCUGUCAGUCACCCGCGCUGUCUCCUACCGGGCCCAGCAGGGCGACACGCGGCGGGCGGUGCAGAAGAUGGUGAUGGUGUGGGUGCUGGCCUUCCUCCUGUACGGGCCGGCCAUCCUGAGCUGGGAGUACCUGUCCGGCGGCAGCUCCAUCCCGGAGGGCCACUGCUACGCCGAGUUCUUCCACAACUGGUACUUCCUCAUCACGGCCUCCACACUCGAGUUCUUCACGCCCUUCCUCAGCGUCACCUUCUUCAACCUCAGCAUCUACCUGAACAUCCAGAGGCGCACCCGCGUCCGGCUGGACGGGGCGCGGGACCCCGAGCCCCCGCCCGAGGCCCAGCCCUCCCCGCCGCCCGCCGCGCCCGGCUGCUGGGGCUGCUGGCAGAAGGGGCGCGGGGAGGCCGUGCCGCUGCACAGGUACGGGGUCGGGGUGGGCGAGGCGGCCCCGGGCGCCGAGGCGGGGGAGGCGGCCCCCGGGGGCGGCAGCGGUGGGGGCGCCGCGGCCUCGCCCACCUCCAGCUCCGGCAGCUCCUCGCGGGGCACCGAGCGGCCUCGCUCGCUCAAGCGGGGCUCCAAGCCCUCGGCGUCCUCCGCGUCGCUGGAGAAGCGCAUGAAGAUGGCGUCCCAGAGCAUCACCCAGCGCUUCCGGCUGUCCCGGGACAAGAAGGUGGCCAAGUCGCUGGCCGUCAUCGUGAGCAUCUUCGGGCUCUGCUGGGCCCCGUACACACUCUUGAUGAUCAUCCGGGCCGCCUGCCACGGCCACUGCGUCCCUGACUACUGGUACGAGACGUCCUUCUGGCUGCUGUGGGCCAACUCGGCCGUCAACCCCGUCCUGUACCCGCUGUGCCACUACAGUUUCCGCCGAGCCUUCACCAAGCUGCUCUGCCCCCAGAAGCUCAAGAUCCAGCCGCACAGCUCCCUGGAGCACUGCUGGAAGAAGACGAAGAAGAAAACACGUCCGUGAACUCCAUGUUCCUUGGCUGUUUAAUCAAGAGAGACAAAAUUGCUGAGGAGCUCAGGGCUGGAUUGGCAGGUGUGGGCUCCCACGCCCUCCUUCCUCGCGCUGCUGCUUCCGGCUGAGCUGCGCCAGCUGCUUCUGCCCACCCCGCCCCCGGGCUCGGGGUGCUGGGCCCUGCCUGGCGGCUCCGAGCGCGGCCGGGGCCCCGGACGCCUGCUCGUCGGGAAGGCCGCCUCUCUUGCUUCAUCCGCUCCGGCCGGGGGGUGGGAGGGGGCCCCCGGGGCUCGCAGGGGCAGCCCCAGGACACCGGGGCCGUCGGCCACGUCCCGGGCACCCCGUCGGCGCUGUGCAUGCCCCGCUCCCCGCCUGCCCGCUGCCCUGCAGACUUCGAGGUCCACAGUAAAGUGUAUUUUUUUAUUGGUGCUGA